GUUGAAACACUGUUGGGGACUGUAAAGACAGAAAAACAGAAAUAACAUGAGAACGACUCUUUUCCUCAUCAGUCUUUUUUAUUUUUUUACUUUUUUGUCCACGGCCACUCUCGAGGAAGAACAUAGCCUGACCACAGUCAUGAGAGAAAUUGAAGUUGACUAUCACCUCUUCGAGGACACCAACUACACAGACUUACCUCUGGAUGAAAAGGUCUCCUCUGCCCCUUGUAGUCUGGCCGUACCGGGUUUAAGCAGUGUGGGCCUCAUGAUCACCUACAUCACCGUCUCAGUGCUGAGUGUGAUAGGAAACAGUGUGGUCAUCUUUGUGAUAUGUUCCAUGGAGAAGAGCAAGACUUCCACAGACAUCUACCUGAUGCAACUGGCCGUGGCCGACCUCCUCUUUGCUCUCACUCUUCCCUUUUGGGCGGUGUACGUGUACUCCCAAUGGAUCUUUGGCACUUUCCUCUGCAAACUCCUAUCAGGACUGCAAGAGACAUCCUUUUACGGAGGUGUCUUCCUACUGGCCUGCAUUAGCGUUGAUCGCUACCUUGCAAUUGUGAAGGCCACCCGGGCUCUGCCUCAACGGCGCCAAAUGGUGUGGCUGGUGUGUGGCGUGGUCUGGAUGGCGUCUGCUCUGCUGUCGUUGCCUGUGGUACUUCAGAGGGAGGCCAUGAUGCUGGAAGAUCAAGGAGACCAGAUGCUCUGCUACGAAAGCCUGACAGUUGAGAGUGGCAACCGCUGGCGAGUUUGUGUCCGCGUCCUACGCCACACGCUGGGGUUCUUCGUACCCCUUGGGGUGAUGGUGGUCUGCUAUGGGGGCACUGCCGGGACUCUGUUCCGAGCCCGAAACGGACAGAAACACAAGGCCAUGCGUGUCAUCAUGGCAGUGGUUUUUGCUUUUGUGCUCUGCUGGCUUCCCUAUAAUGUCAGUGUUUUGUUGGACACACUCAUAAGAGGGCAAUCUCUUGGUGGGGUGACCUGCAGUCUAUGGAGCAGGGUGGAGCUUUCCUUGAAUGUGACUCAAGUGAUGGCCUUCAUGCACUGUGCUUUGAACCCAGUCCUGUACGCUUUUGUGGGGCAAAAGUUCCGUAACCAGUUGCUGGUUGCUCUGUAUAAGCAUGGCAUGCUCAGCCAGAAGGCAAUGAUUGCUUACAGAAGAGGUUCUGCCAACAGCUCUGGAAGCCUUAGAUCCAGGAAUACCUUUGUUACUGUCUAGAUGAUCUCCCAUGAGGACUGCUUCCAUCAAUCUAUGUGUUUGGGUGUGAGAAAGUGUUUUAGAUAGCUUUUCUUUGAUCACAGGGGCAGAACAUGUAGUUAAACAUGAUAUGUAGUUUUUUUCUGUAGAGUACUUGCUUUUAUGUCUAUUGAUUCAAUGCUAAUCUCUUUUUUUUAACAAGCAAUGGUUAGUUUGUGUGUUUUGUGCACAAGAAAGCUUAUUUUGUUGUGAUAGUCAUAUUGAAAUAUUGUGUAACUUUUUGCCCCACAAUAUAAAACGGAACAAAACAUUUGUAACAUUCUGCAGCUGGUGUUAUGAAGGUUGUGUGGUUGACAGGCGAUAUGCUCAAUCCAAACAGUAGUUUAGUCAGUAGACAAGCCUUACUGCAAAAAUUGUGUUUAUAACCCAAGAAAACCUGUUAGUGGUAAUUAAGAAAAUCUUUUUUUUCUAGAGAAUGUGUGUUUCCAAGAGAGGAAGUGUGAUAAUGAUCGUUUUGACACAAUCUGUCAAAACAGUUUCAGACUAAACUUGUGGUGCAUUUGCAUGUAUCAACUAAAUGAAUAAGUCCAAUGCAAAAAUACACUCUAAAAGAGAAGAUGAGUUUGCGGAACUAUUUUUUUAAAUUCCUAUUUCUUCCUAUUUGAGUAGUUUUAACAGUACUUUGUUCCUUACUGUCAGAUUAAAUAUCAGCCACAUUAAGCCUAAAUAGGAAUAAUAUGUUCCUUACUUGAACCAUCAGACCAUAAGAGUAAAAUCUCAUACAAGUUGUAAAU